GCGGCGGCGGCCUAACUGGGUCAAGGGUCUGUAGCUUGGAAGGAGGUCCAAUCCACAGUGGGCGACUCAAGGACACAGAGACACAGAAGGAAGAGCAGAUAGUAGGGCCAUAGUAGGGACCAAGGGCUGGAGAACGGGUAGAGAGCCAGAGCCAAGGAGCUGGGAUUGAGUGCAGAGCGUAGGGAGAAGCCAAGGGAAGGGUCUGGGGUCCCAGAGCUCAGACAGGAAGCCCUAGGAAGUGGCCCAGCUCGAUUUGGGGUGGCAAUAUCCACCAGAGCCUGGGGUACUCACUUUCCCUCAACACAGAGCUGAGAAGAACCCCACUCUGCCUGAAGUCCCUGGGAUGUGGUCCCUAAACCGGGGAGCCUGGAUGCUAGGGGUCCCAGGGACCACCCACCGCCUCUAGAAGUACAUUGGCCGGUGAAGGACCCAGAAGCUCUCCUUCACCUUUACGUACAGGACAUUUCGGGAAGCAGAGCCCAUCAAGAAUGGACAAGGGAGAAGCAUGGAGAGGAGGGUGAGCGGGAACAGACAGACUUACAGCUUAGUUUUGGUUUGUGUUUCGAGGAGAAUUGUGUAACUCCAGUGAUUGCUAGAUUUCCUCUCCCUGAUGGAGAAACCACCGAACCCUGGCCUCUUCCCAGACCCCCCACCCUAGGGCCCCUCUCUCUUCUGUCCAGGAAACAUAGGCCGGAAAUACUUUCAGAAACCAGCUGGCCUGACUACCCCAUUUUACGGAUGGGAACCUGAGGCACAGAGAUAAGAGGCGACUCAUCUCAUCCAGGGAAGGACCUGGACGAGAAACAGAGGUUAUGCCUCCCAUCCCAGGCCCCCUUCCUCCCCCUGGCACCCCCUCUUCUUCUGACACUGCAGAGUGACCCAUCGGCCUCGGUGGUGGCUGGACCAAUCUGUCCUUCUGACUCUCCGAGGUAGAGUCUCCAGCACUGCCCGCCCACCCCUGGGGCUCCAGUUCAGGCCAUCAGAGCCGCCUGGCUAAGCCCCAGGAAUCUUCGGCAGAACAGAGUGCCCACUCCAGGGGAGGUGGCUACCUCGUCUGAGUUCCCUGCGGGGGAAGCACGCAGGAUCUGCAUUUGGGCAGAUCUGGAAUCCAGUCCUGGUCCCCUCCCCCUCUCGCCACGCCACCCUGGGCUAGUCAGCCUCGCAUUUUCCUCAUCUGCAAAAUGCACGGAUAAUAGCCCCCAGGCUGCCACAUACCGUUGAGCGGUUGGUUCACCGAAAAAGACACUUAGCCAAGGGAGUUAGUGAGGGGCCGAGAUGGAGCCUGAGAUCUGCUUGCGAAUGUGGGCCUUCUGUGCAAGGCCGUGUCCGCCUCGGAGAAGGGGUACCUUCCUUUCGUUCAGACAGAGAUGCCAUAUGGUGUCCUCGAUAGCUUCCAUGUUAUUAGUAGCCUUGCGGGGUCAGCAAAAUGGCACACAGGCUUUGCCUACAGCACAGGCUCAGAAGGGGCAUGUUGAGUUCUUCUCGAGCUUUCCCCCAACCUGGCCCACCAUCUCCCCCCUCUCUCCAGGGCUCAGCCUCUUGUUGCUCUCCUUCCUCCUGGCUCGUGCUGGUGUUUGGGGAUUCCCGAGGCCGCCAGGGAGGCCCCCCCUGAGCCUGCAGGAGCUGCGGAGGGAGUUCAAGGUCAGCCUGCACCUCGCCAGGAAGCUGUUCUCCGAGGUUCGGACCCAGGCCCACCGCUUUGCUGAAUCUCACCUGCCAGGAGUGAGCCUGGACCUCCUGCCCCUGGGAGAUCAGCUCCCCAAUGUCUCCCUGACCUUCCGGGCCUGGCACAGCCUCUCUGACCCAGAACGACUCUGCUUCCUCUUCAUGACACUUCGCCCCUUCCAUGCCCUGUUGGGAAGCCUGGGAAGCCAGGGGGGCUGGACGAGCUCAGAGAAGAUAGAGCUAUGGACCAUGAGGUUGGACCUCCGGGAUUUGCAGCAGCAUCUCCACUUCCAGGUGCUGGCUGCGGGACUCAACCUCCCCGAGGAGGAAGAUGACAAGGAGAGGAAGGAGCCGCUCCCAGGGGCUCCGAGUGGCCUCUCACGGGUGUCAGGGCAGCCGUCCUGGCCCCAGCUCCUCCAUACCUACCAGCUGCUGCACUCCUUAGAGCUCGUCUUAGCUCGGGCCGUAAGGGACUUGCUCUUACUCUCCCAAGCUGGAAACCCAGCCCCGGCCUCGGGGUCCUCGUUCGGCUCCCGGCCCUGAUGGGGUGACCGCUCAGCCCCUUCCCUUCACCCUUCAUUCAGUUCGGGCCAACGGGACAGCCUCCAGCUCGUCUGCCUCGAACAGGGCAGGACUCCACCGGCCUCCCACCCCAACCCCCACCCAAUAACUUAAGGCCCCUCCAGGCCCUGCCGGAUAUUUAUUUCUUGGAUAUUUAUUUAUUGUUUAGGAAAGUGAUGGUUUAUUUAUUGUUUCAGAGCCGGCUAGUUGUCCCCGAGCUAGGCCACCGUGCGGGGUGCCGAAUAAAGCACUGUCAUCCUCUCUCA